AUGGCACCCCCCUCUACUGACAACACCAACCCUGCUGAGGCUCCUGCAGACUUCCACCAUGCCCAGCAUUGGGCGAGUUUGAGGGCAGGAGACGCCUCAAAAGAGUAUUCGGCAGUAGGAGAUGAUGCUGCCAGUUCAACCAACUCAAUCUCGUCCAGCAUUCUUCACUACCGAACUAUCCAUGGAAGAACCUACCAUUCCGAGAGGGGGAAUGCCCAGUAUUGGACGCCCAACGACGAGCAUCACAAUGAAUCUAUGGAUAUCAAUCAUCACCUUCUUUCACUGUCACUGAACGGCAAGCUUCACCUUGCUCCGCUAAAGGGCGAUAUUCAAAAAGUCGUUGAUAUCGGAACUGGAACUGGCAUAUGGGCCAUUGAUUUCGCCGACCAGUAUCCCAACGCCAAGGUAGUUGGAACCGACAUCUCUCCGAUCCAACCCACUUGGAUUCCUGCAAAUCUGAAAUUCGAAAUUGAGGACUGCACCCAGGAAUGGACAUUGGACCCGGAAUCAUUCGACUACGUGCACAUGCGCUAUCUCUAUGGAAGCAUCAGUGACUGGUCUGCUCUAUUCAAGGAAGCGUUUAGAGUUUGCAAGCCUGGCGGCUGGGUUGAGAGUUAUGAAGCUUCCCCUCGUAUGGAAAGUGAUGAUGGAAGUGUUACUGAGACGUGCGCUAUUAAUGAAUGGGGGAAAUUCUUUAUCGAGGGUGGCAAGAAGCUAAACCGUACGUUUGAGAUCUUGGAUAAGGAUCUCCAGAAGAAGGGCAUGGAGGAGGCCGGCUUUGUCGACGUUCAGGUCUGGGACUUCAAGGCACCCAUCGGCGGCUGGGCUGAGGACCCUCGCCUCAAAGAGAUUGGUCAGUUUGCUCAGGCUGCUCUUGAACAAGACUACGAGGGUUACGUGCUUUUUAUGGCCAACAUGGUUCUUGGUUGGUCUAAGGAGGAGGUCUCGACAUAUUGCGCCCAGCUCCGUCGUGAGAUCCGCUCGGGCAAGUUUCAUCCUUUCUACCGCCAGCGGGUUGUGUAUGGCCGAAAGCCUGAGUAG